AGAAAACAUCCGGUCAGAGACUCGUCUGUUUCCUGUGUGAACUUCCUGAGACUGCACCGAGUGUGUAUAUAAAUACAAAUAUAUAUAUAUAUAAAUAUAUAUAUAUAUAUAUCGAUAUAGAUGUGUGUGUACCGGGGCAGCUCGGAGGAGCCACAGCCAGCAUGGUGAGGUGUGUGGUGUCCGGGUGUCCGAGCCGCUCGGCCAGCGUGACCCCGGGAGUCUCCCACCGACCCCCGAAGAGGUUCUUCAGCUUCCCCACGGACCAGGCGCGGGUCAAGGUCUGGCUAGCUGCGCUGAGAGAGACGGACAAGCAGGACAGGACCGGGCCGCAUGUGAUCUGCGAGGACCACUUCCUGCCGGAGGACAUCUGCAGCAACAAGGUGGACAGCGAGGCCAUUCCCAUCAUGCCCCCUUACCUGGACGGAGGCCUGGGCCUGGUCAGCCCCUGGGGAGCCGAGUCCUCUGAGGAGGAGGAGGAGCAGUGGACCAGCGGAGGCUGUGAGGACGAGGACGAAGGAGGAGGAGCUCGUCCUGCUCCUGGUCCUCCACAGCAGGGACCUGCAGCUGGUUUGGAGAAUCCUCCGGAGCCUGAGACAACCAGCGCCGCCCGGCCACAGAGGACGAGGUCGAAGGGAGUUUCCAGACACGACACGUCUCUGGUUCUGCUGACUCAGGGUUUCCUGGAGCUGCUGCUGGCGGCGCCUGGCGGCUCUCUGGACCUCCGGCAGGUCGCCGCCAGCCUGAAGAUCCGCAAGCGGCGCGUGUACGAUAUCACCAACACGCUGGACGGCAUCAAACUCAUUCAGAAGGAGUCGGCCAACAGGAUCAAGUGGAUAGGAGAGAUUCCCAUCUCUAGCUUCCUGAGGAAGAACCAGCAGCGGUUCCAGAAGGAGCUGGAGAACCUGCAGCGGGUGGAGGACACGUUGGACGGCCUCAUCAAAAGCUGCGCGCAGCAGCUCUUCGACAUGACCGACGACCUGGAGAACUCUGCGUCAGCCUACGUGACCCUGGAGGACCUGGGCCGCCUCCGGGUUCUGCAGGACCAGACGCUGAUCGUCAUCAAAGCUCCGGAGGAAACCAAGCUGGAGAUCCCUGCGCCCAAAGAGCAGGACAACAUCCAGGUCCACCUGAAGGCCGGGAAGGGUCCCAUCACUGUGGUGACCCGUGAGAUGGACUCAAUGGACGCCUUGACCUCUGACCCCGGGCGGACGGGAAGAGGCUUCUUUCUAACGCUGGAGGAGAGUCGGGUCAGGACGAGCGCUCUGUACCGAGUGUCUUGAGCCCCGUGCAGAGCGAGCAGCCAGCCACCAGGAGGCGCCAGCUGUCCUCAGGGUUCAGGAUCCUGAGGAGAUCCUGAUCCCAUGGUACCAACAGGAUCAGAACCACAAGUGGGGAGGCUCAGCAGAUGAUUACUGUAUCGAACUCCAUUACUGUAUCAUAGUUUAUAACUGUAUAAUAUUGUACAUGAUUGUUUUAUUUGGGACUGCUGUUAGUAAUAAAAACCUGUUUGAGACUGUGAA